AUGGGGGUUGACGAAGAGGGCUGGGUUGUCAUUCCCUCUCCCAACAGGCGCCCGUCGUGUCCCACGAAAUUGGCGACAGGCGCAUAUGCUCGUUCCCCGGCUCCAUCUAUCGAGCCAAUCCAAGACCGUAUCGUCAGGGUUGUCGCCGACUUGAAGGAACUCAAGGCAUACUACAAGCUCGAAACCUCGGUGGCGCGUUUCGAGCGGCUGUACUGCUUCUACGGAUCGGAACUGGACGCUUUGCGCGAGCAGCCCUUCGAUGGGUACACGCAAGAAGAGAAGGUCGAUUAUCUCCUCCUGCAAAACUAUCUGGCUCGCGCCCUUCGUACUUUGGGGCUUGAUAGGGAGCGUGAUGAGGCCUUUGCCGACAUCACCAACCCAUUUGCCCUCACAAUCAUGGAAUGGGCCGAGGCUAGGAUGCGCACCGAGAAACUGGAUGCCCGGGAGGUUGCAGCCAGCUUCCAUGAGCUUGUGGGCAAGAUAUCCUCGGUCAGGGAUGCCGUACUGGAUCGUGACCCCAACAAGUACUCUAGGGAAGCGGGAUACCGUGCCGCCAAUUCGGUGGUGCAGCUCCGGCACCACUUGGCGGAGAUGGUAGAUUUCUACAAGGGGUAUGAUCCGCAGUUUGACUGGUGGGUUUCGGAGCCAUACGGACGUUUAGACGCGGCACUCAUGGAGCUGUCAGCAUUCCUUCGCGAGGAGCUUGUGGGUAUCCAGCCCGGCGACAAGGAGGCGAUUGUCGGCCAGCCCAUUGGGCGAGAAGGGCUGUUGACUGAGCUGAAGGCGGAGUUUAUCCCCUACACUCCCGAAGAGCUCAUCAAGAUCGCCGAAAAAGAGUACAAGUGGUGUGAGUCGGAAAUGAUCAAAGCCAGCAAAGACCUUGGCUAUGGCGACAAGUGGCGCGACGCCCUCGAGCACGUCAAGAACCUGAUCGAGCCACCCGGCGGACAACCCGUCUUCAUCAAGUCCCUCAUCGACGAGGGCACCGACUACGUCAAAAAGCAUGACCUAGUCUCGGUGCCCAAGGUGGCCGAGGAAGCCAUCCGAAUGACCAUGAUCGAGCCAGCGCGACAAAAGGUGUCGCCCUUCUUCCUGGGCGGCAACCGAAUGCAGGUCUCAUACCCGACAUCUGAAAUGUCCCACGCCGACAAGCUCAUGAGCAUGCGCGGGAACAACCGCCACUUCUCCAAAGCGACUGCCUUUCACGAGAUGAUCCCCGGCCACCACCUGCAGCUCUUCGUAGCGAAGCGCAUCCGCCCUUACCGCCGCCUCUUCAACACACCCUUCUUCGUUGAGGGCUGGGCACUCUACUGGGAGCUGCUGUUCUGGGAUCGGGGUGACUACUUCACCUUGCCCGAGGACCGCAUCGGUAGCAUGUUCUGGCGCAUGCACCGCUGCGCCCGCAUCGUGUUUAGUCUCAACUUUCACCUGGGCAAGAUGAAGCCGCAGGAGUGCAUCAAUCUGCUCGUCGAUUGGGUGGGCCAUGAGAGAUCGGCGGCUGAGGGCGAGGUGAGGCGCAGUUUGAACGGGGAUUAUAGUCCGCUGUAUCAAGCGGGGUACCUGCUGGGCGCGUUGCAGUUGUGGGAGCUGAGGAAGGAAGUGGUGGGUUCGGGGAAGCUGAGCGAGAAGACGUUUCAUGAUCGUGUGCUUAGAGCAAAUUUCAUGCCUAUUGCCAUGUUGAGGGCUUUGAUUAUGGGGAAGGAGCUCGAUAGGGAGUUCGAGAGCGAGUGGAGGUUUUAUGGGGAUAUUUAG